UUGAACCACAAUGAAUCGGGUGGAAGAAUGGGUUUUGGAGAACAAGGAGAAGAUCGAGAAAGGAGUGGAAAUCAUGGGACAAGGCUGCGAAGUUUUGCAGCCACCUGGACAGUUCCACCCCAUCCUGGAGGCUGUGUUUUUUGGCCUCGGCAGAGCUCCUCGGUAACCCAGAGGCAAAGAGGCCAAGUUCCUUGCUGAGCAGUUCGGAAAGAUCAACCCAGAAACUUGAAGGUAUUCAGAUGAAAUCGACCGUCAGCGUUGGGUUGCAGCGAUCACGACCAUGAAUAAGCAGAACUUUGAGUCACGAGGCGAAGAUAAUCAGUCAAUCACGAGAAGUUUCAAGACUUUUGUCAAUGCUAAGCCAAGUUCAAGGAGGAAGAAGAAGGAGAAGUUUAUAACCCAGUAACCAGGAGGCUUUUGGUUGCGUGAUCUGAACAUUGAUUCCUUGUACAAUACUGCUUAACUGGUGAGAAUAUCUCUGGAGAUACCAUGUGAUUGGACCACAGUGUUGACCACAGAGCAAAGGAGCAGGAGACCAGUGGAGUUCUGUGCCAGACUGAAGAAGCUAUUUGUCAUGGGAAUUACCAUAGCGGUCAUGAGGUCACACCGCCCUGAAAGAGGGAGCGUAAGGCGAGAAUACAUGGUGAAGAAAUGGCAGGAUGCAUGGAAGAAUAGAACACGUAUGAAAGCGGCUGUGGAUGGCUGCAUUGAGAAUUUCCUGUAAGCCAAGACAGAUGUGGAGCGAGAACUUCUGGGCGUCAAAGCCAGCGUUGACCCUGAGUUCCACGGGAUUUAUGCUGGAUAUCCUUGCAAGAAAUAUUACUGGGUUUCCUGGUCGGUCAGGGUCUUCAACCACAGUGGCAUAUUCUUCUGGAAUUGGCUCGCUGGCAAAAGUACCAUAAGAAGUGGUGGAGGUGGCAACUUUUUUGAUCUUCUGACCCCCAAACAACAUCAGAAUCAUUAAUUGUCUUUCAGUACAGACCCGAACCCGAUUAACAAGAGCCAGAUUGUAGAUCAGAUAGAGACACUUAAAAGUUGAGGAGACAUGCGAUCCAAGUGGCUCAGGCGCUUUGGGAAGAUGCUUUAA